AUGGCCCCGCUACAAAACGGUGGAGAUGUUUCACAGGAUCAGAGUAAACGCCGAAAUGAAGAUCCCUUAUAUCCCACUGGCAAUGGGGCUAUCACUUCGCUGCCAAAAGACGUGCCAGGAAACACCAUCAAAAACGUGUUUGAGUUUGAGGAGUUCAUAGAUCGCCAUGUUGACUUCAACAGGGAGACUUUGGAUGCCCUUAAGAUGGUUGAUUUGCACGGCUUGAGCGUCCCGGCCAAAUUGACUGGAGAUGAGGUAGUUCCUAUUCUCGAGGCAGCCAGUCCUGAUGGUGGUAUCGCUCAAGCUCGCAAACCUGAGAAUGGUGCUCUUUUUCAAAUUGCAUAUAAUCCUAACGAAAAAGCGAAACGUCUUGGAAGACCCAGGAAACAUUUAGGUGCAAACAACCCAUCAGCAUCACCCGAGACAGCUCUGCAAAAUCUAGAGACCUCAAAGUUGCUUAAAUUUCGCCUCGACAAUAUGCCAUUGGAAGGUCCUGGUUCUCGAGGCGGUGAUCCAAAUGAGAAAAAGCGCCUGGGUAUAAUAGCAGAGUCCAACGCAGCGAAGAAACGAAAGCAGUCUGUGCUCAACUUUUCCAAGGCAAACGACUCCGAGACUGUAAGUCUCACUACCACCACAAGUUCGGAGGCAAAUGAGGUGACGGGAACCUCCCUGAGCCCAGCUUGCCGAGAGAAUGGCUCCAAGAUCCUGCUGCUGGUGUCUGACAACGACGUGGAAGUUGUUGCUGAGUCUUUGGCGCUGAGACCUACAGAAUCAUCUGAAGUCAAGAGUGAUCAUGAGCAAGUUGAUCCAAUCAAAACAGAAGGUGAGUUGCAAAAUGAUCUGAAUGAAAGUGGCUCUAAGGAUAACGUUUUUUCUAACGGCACGUCAAUAGUCAAGAAGGAGAAUUCUCCCAAGACUAAACGCGUCACACUCAGGUUCAGAAACAAGAUAACCAAAACUUCGAUUGUUCGCGAGAAGAACAGAAUCACUAGAACAUACCCGGGACCUUUGGUGCCUGUGCAUUACGACCUUUACGAUGACAAUCUAUUUGACACUAAAGAAAACGCAACCGUUGCCGACGAGAGCAUAGCGCUUGGGUUCCCUGUCAAACACAAUCCAUAUCUGGCUGACGUCGCAUUCAUUAUCGCAUUUUUGACUAAGUUCCCUGAAAUCAUUUACGUUGGUCAUAUUGGCCCGCAAGAUAUAGAAGAUGGUUUGGGUCUUACUAGUGAUCUGAGGAAUGAGGAGGAAUCUGGCAUAUCCCGACUAAUGGAUGAUCUAUUUUGUAAGCUACUCACUUUAGUUCUCAACAGAAAGAAGCUUAUCACUCCUAGCAAUUACAAGAGCGGGGUGGAAGAGCUUCGAAAGCAGUGUUUUACACUUGGCUUGCCAGAGGAGUGGCGAGAUGACAGAUUUGUCAGAAAUAUAACUGCUGUUCCGACGGAUACUGAUGCAGAUUGGGUUGAUCGCUCAAAACCUCCUGUGCUUCAAGAAGACAACUACGAAUAUCAAGCUCCUCUGGAGAAGCUCAAUCCAUUUCAUGAACCUCUCUUCGAAGAACAGGGCCUUGCGGGUUUACCCAAUCCGCGUGAUAGACUUAUCAUGAUGAGAUGCUUGGUAGUUUGGUGUCUCUCGACUUCAAACGUGUUGAAAUCUCACAUAGCACAGGUGGUCAACAAGCAAGAAAUUGCUGGUGAAAAAGAUGCACUUUACGCAUCAAGACCGAUUCUCAAGGGAUUCUCUCAGACGACUGAUUUGAAGAAAGAGCUAGAAGCGAGGCUAUCAAAAAAAGGCAAGGGACAACAGUCUCCACAGGGGACUCCCGAUCCCGAUUCUGGUCAGCGAUACAUAGACCCUACUUCUGAUCCUGUCGUUCAUCCCAUGGCAUUGAGGCUCAACGAAUUCAUCGUGGGUGAUUGUGGUUUCAAAAUUGGGCGAUUUUACCUUGUAAGAAUGGCGGAACCGUCCGGAGGCGGGCUUUCUAGUGUUGACCGAAUGAAAGCCAUCACAAAAGAUCCAGCUGGUCUCAAACUCAGUAUUCCUUCAAAGUUCAAACUUUAUGUUGAAGAUGUCCAUGCAGUGCUUUCGGAAUCGUUGAGAACGUUAGGUGUUGAGUUUGACAAAGAAGGUAAAGAGGUGCCUCUGGAAGCGCAAUAUGAUGAUUCAAAGCAUUGGUACGAAGUCGCAAGUAACUCCGCUGAGCUUUUGAGCUUCACCAAGCAUUUAUCUCAAAAGUUGGGUCUUUCUUCAGAUGCCUCCAAGGAAGUAUCAAUCAUUCCACAAAAUAGUGUCGCAUACAGACCCAUACUUUACAUGUAUCAAUAUCUUUCCAUGAUUGCACCGCUUAUAGAAACUUUUGAGGAAAUGGCAAACACGCAUAGUUCCGCUGGGUCAAGAUCUGCAAGAAAGAAAGUUGACUACAGUUUAUCAAACACUGGGUAUGCCGAGAAUGGAUACAACGACCACGCUCAGCACGAUGACGAUGAAUCUUACGACGAAGGUGAUGUCUUAGACGACGACGAUGAAGAGUAUCUGGAAUAA